AGAAGAAGACGCGAAACGAGAAGGUCCUCACAUUCUCACUUCAUUCCCGCAUUCUUCUCUCUCUCUACACUACCCUUUUCAAAUCCUAACCAUCACAGCUUCUCUCUCUAACAUAUGAUCUUACAGGCUCUCAACGUCACUUUCUCUCUCUAAAUUUUUUUAAUCGACAUUGUAGAGAUUCAGAAGGUUUGUAAUAAUUGUAAUAAAAGUGAUCGAUCAUGUCGUCUUCGGAUUCCGAAUCAUCUUCUUCGUCAAAUAGCAAAGAGUACAAAAAUUUUCGACAAACCAGCCGUGGAAGGUUGUUGUACGAAAUGCUCAGAUCAUGCAGAACAGGGGACUCGAAAGCUUGGAAGGUAUUAAUUAUGGAUAAGGUUACUGUGAAAGUCAUGUCUUCCUCUUGCAAAAUGGCGGAUAUAACAGAUGAAGGAAUAUCUUUGGUUGAAGACCUAUUCCGGAGAAGGGAGCCCAUGCCUUCUAUGGAUGUGAUUUAUUUCAUACAACCUUCAAAAGAGAAUGUAAUAAUGUUUCUAUCUGACAUGUCAGGAAGAGAACCCUUGUACAGGAAAGCAUUUAUAUAUUUUAGUUCGCCUGUUCCGAAAGACUUGCUCUCUCGACUAAAAGGCGAUACUAGUGUUCUACCACGCAUAAGUGCAUUAAGAGAGAUGAACUUGGAGUACUUUGCCAUGGACAGUCAGGGAUAUAUCACUGACCAUGACAGAGCUUUAGAAGAUCUCUACUGUGAAGGCGCUGAGAAUUCUCGUAAAGCUGAUAUGUGCAUGAGCACAAUGGCUACUCGAAUUGCAACUGUUUUUGCUUCACUAAAGGAGUUCCCAUUUGUACGGUAUCGUGCUGUUAAGGAUGAUGAUGAACCAAAAUUUCGUGACUUGGUCUGUAAAAAGUUAGCAGCUUCUGUUUGGGACACUAUUUCCACAUAUAAGUCUACUAUUCCUAAUUUCCCCAAAAAUGAAACAUGUGAAUUGCUUAUUCUAGAUAGAUCCAUCGAUCAGAUUGCCCCUGUAAUACAUGAAUGGUUCUAUGAUGCCAUGUGCCAUGAUUUGCUGGAUAUGGAUGGGAAUAAAUAUGUUGUCGAGAUUGCCAGCAAAUCUGGAGGUGAUCCUGAAAAGAAGGAGGUGCUUUUGGAAGAUCAUGAUCCUGUUUGGCUUGAGCUUCGCCAUGCCCAUAUAGCAGAUGCUAGUGAACGGUUGAGUGACAAGAUGACAACCUUUAUGUCGAAAAACAAAGCGGCGCAACUUCAACAAAAAGAUGGUGAAGAAUUAUCUACAAGGGACUUGCAGAAGAUGGUUCAAUCCAUGCCACAAUAUAAUGAAGUAAAGGAAAAGCUCUCUGUCCAUGUUGAGAUAGCUGGACAAAUAAAUCAAAUUAUAAGAGAGGAGGGACUUCGUGAUCUAGGACAACUUGAGCAGGACCUUGUGUUUGGUGAUGCAGGAUCAAAGGAAGUUAUCAAUUAUCUCAGGUCAAAUCAGGAUGCUAGUUAUGAGUGUAAAUUGCGUUUGAUGUUAAUUUAUGCAACUGUGUAUCCGGAGAAGUUUGAAGCUGACAAAGCAUCAAAGUUAAUGCAGUUGGCGAAACUAAGCCAGGACGAAGCGAAGGUCGUGAAAACAUUGCUAUCACUUGAGGGAGCAGACAAUAAACAGAAAACCCGUGGGACUUUUUCACUUAAGUUCAAUUCCCAAAAGACUAAAACUGCAGCUAGAAAGGAUAAAUCAGGGGAGGAGGAAACAUGGCAGCUCUUUCGAUUUUUUCCAGUUCUAGAGGAGUUGAUUGAACAACUUACCAAAGGUAAUUUACCAAAGGAUGAAUACGGUUGCAUGAAUGAACCUUCCCCAGUUGCUCAGAAGGCUAACACUGGGGGUGCUCAGUCAGCGAGAGGAGGAAAUCAAUCUAAUCCACAUUCAGUGAGGUCAAGAAGGACAACGAACUUGGUACGACCUCGUAAUUCUGAUGAUGGAUAUUCGAGUGAUUCCGUUAUUGGGCAUGCGCAGAAUGAUUUUAAAAAGAUGGGGCAGCGUAUAUUUAUCUUCAUUGUUGGUGGGGCGACACGAUCAGAGUUACGGGUUUGUCACAAGCUCACAACAAAAUUAAGGAGGGAAAUAGUCCUUGGUUCAACAAGUGUUGAUGAUCCAAACCACUACAUUACGAAACUGAAGAACCUAUCAGGAAUAGAGCAAAAUUAGAACAUAAAGUUCCUGCUGUUAUGGUGAUCUGGAAUAUAUAGUACCCCUCCAGCCAAUCAGAUAUUAGGACCACUAUUAUGACUUGACUCGCUUUGUAACUUGGAGGAUCUGAGCAGUCAUAAGGAUACAUAGAUAGAUGUUACUACCAGAUAAUCCUUGCUGCACCAAUCUGAAGAGCAAGAAAAUUUUGGCUUCGUCAGGGAAAAAUUUGUAUCAUUUUUGUCAAGCUGUUGAUCCGAUCUUGUGGAGUUCCACUCUCGCAGUGUAAAAAAUCUUAUUGUAUUAUUCGAACGAGCGUAUUAUGCUUUCCUGUUGCCUGUUGGUGAGAGCUUGGACAAAUAAUGUAUCAUGUUUAUAGGGAGCUCAGUUGUAUUCACUCA